AAAUGGAUAUCUCUGAAUUCAAUCAAAUGAACUUAGUCAGCCCUGAUUAUAUGGAACCAUCAAAUCUUGAGAAGGAUUUUAGCUUGGAAAAUAAAGAAUACGAGCAGCUCUUUGAUGCUGAAUCACAAGCCUCAGCUACUUUUGAGCCACUAAAGAGUUUUGAAGAGCAGAUGAAAUUCAUCGAGCAAGAUAGAAGAGAUCUAGACUUGGGAGAAAGCAGAAUCUACCAGUAUAUCAGUCACGAUGAGCAAGAGUUCUGACUGAAUAAUUCAAGGAUGCAAAGCGUCGAAGAGGUUGAAUUUGAUCCACAAUAUGAGAGUGAUAUAGACUCUUGUGGGAUACCUGAUUCUGGGAACCAAAAAGAAAUGGAGAUUUUUAAAAGAAGUGAGCUUAUGAGACUUCCAGACUUCACUCCUUCAUCAGCUAUGAUGUACUCACCAUUGAAGCCACCAAUGGAUUCUGAUGUGAGUAUGGGCAAAGUCGUUGAGGAUGAGGUUGUUACACCUGACCACAAUGCUGAUAUGCCUCAUGAGAGUGACGACCUCGAACAGUGGGUUAGAACACUGAAGCAAACUCAAGGAAGGCUGGCUAGGAUAAGCUUUUAUGAGGAGGAACGUAAAGUCGAAUCGAAGGAAAUAGACGAUGAGUGCUCAGAGGAUAGUGAAUACUGAAUGAGCCCCCAAGCUAAUAUAUCAAGGAAGACAUCUAUCAGUAGUGAAGUCAAUUGUAGAUUCACACAAAGAUCUUGCAUCUCCAAGAAGCUUACCAAGGUUCUUGAAAAAAAGAUUAAAGAAAUCCCAAAUGGGGAAAUCUAUAAAUGCAAAUUUUGAGACUACAUAAAUGCAUGCAAGCAGGGAAUCGGAGGACAUACAGCUAAGAAGCAUUCUAAAGAAAAGAAGGAAGCUGAAAGAAUGACUUUGAAACAAAAGAGAGAACGUAAAAGAGUCAUUUCUAAAAAGGCUUCAGAGUGUUUAAAUAAAGAGUAUAUCCCAAACAAGGCUGAAAAAAGAGUUGUCUUGAGACAGAGGAAGAGACAACUUGUGUGCGAAGAUCAACUAUAGGCAUUUUGGUUCUCUAAUGCUCUAAACCUAAUACUUCAUUCUCCAUAUUUUUUAUUCG